GGGUCAACUCAUUCACGGGAACGUGUUGUCGUGUUUAGUAGCUCACAACAGUUGGCGCGGUAUGCAGUAGUAGUGACUGCUUUUUUUACGCUUCACCACCGUCAACCGUUUUAUGCAUCCUUUGCAUCACAAAAAAGGCGUUGAAAAGGGGAUGAUUUGCUUUAGACGAUGCGCGAUCGACAACGAAACCCGGCAUCCAUCGACAACGUUCUAUACAUCUAUGGUACGGAACGCUGGUAGUAGCUAUGGAUUAGUAAAGGGCGCUUUGCUAUUAUAGAGUGUAAAGCGGGUCUUGAAGAAGUGGAGCUGCCAUUGGUGAGCUGGAAAUAGACGAGGAGCACACGGCAGAACUCCCAUGUCCGUCCGGUGUUGGUAGCGUUAUGGGGCGAAAGGUUAUAGAACCCAAUCAACACGUUCGUUACGCAAAAAGGGUGGCAGACACAGACACCGAGGGAAAAAAUAGAAGUGCUAAAAGGGGUUGGAGAUAGUAACUGGGCAUGGUUUGUUCACGGAGCGAGGAACCCAAGCCGUAGUCUGCACAGCACCCUUACCUUGGAUGGUUCAAUGCAUAGAACAGAACUCACCCUCCCAUGCUUUGGGGUCUCUCAAAAGAGCUUAGGUAAAGUUAUUUCAUAACCACUCGCAAACAAAUCUACAACAUACACACAGACAUGCUUGUAAAAUACAAACAGGCAGGCGUAAAUUUAGGGAUUGAGUGGCGAAAACAAUCGUACCCAACACUGCACACACUCUUUUCCAACGACACUCUUAAAACUUGAGUUUUCAUGGGGGCGGCCCGGGGGGGGAGAGGAAAGGGAAAAGGACUAUACGCAGCAGUGGACGCACUUUUCCAGCACACUUUUCCGAUCCGCGUGUAUUUGUCAGGUACACUUCCGUGUUUGCGUAUAUGUGUAUUUGUGCGUGUGGAGUAUGUUUACAAAUUUCCUUAAGUGGUUUUCUUAUUUCUUUUCCCCCCUCACCAGUUUGGGCACGCAAAUGUGUGAAUCUGUCGUAUGUAUGCUAGCGAUUCCGUAUGAGAAAAUGGAAAAGACUUUUCUUUUUUUUGUAGACGCUCUUCUCUUGUUGUGAUUCUUGCCAAAAUUGGUUCCCCCGUCGUGUACUAACACCAUGAUGGUUUGGUUGGUUUUUUGCAACUUCGUUGUUAUAGCCGGGAUCGUUUAUUGAAGAUGAGUUAAGCAAAUAUACGUGGGUUUUGCAAAUAUGUAAUGAAGCAUACCAUUUACCAUCAACAUUGUGGUUACAUUGUAAUGAUGGGAGUAUUUUUUUUAUUUUAGUUUAUUAUAAUCACUCAUUUAUUUCUCUCAUUUGCGUGUUAUAACAACAAAAAAUAUUUAUAUAAAUUAAUUUUGAUAAAUACAAAUCACUAGUACACACACACGAACGCAACCAAUACAUUGCCACUUCUCGCCUCUAGGUUUGAUUCCUUCUCGUACACGAAACAAUGCUGAUUUUUGGAGUUUGUUUGUCGUAGUGCGCAAAGGAAAAACUUACUCACCCGUCUAACGCACACAGCUGUGGGCUAGCUUUUCCGGCCCAUCGAUGGCCCUUUUGGCGAGAAGGACCUUUUGCGAGAAGUUCUAUUCUCACGCACACAAACAACACGUACAGUACCCUGAUUCGGUGAGAGUGUUUUCGGUGUUCGGCAUCACGAUGAGAGCGAGGACGAGACUUAGCGCGUAUAUACGGAUAUGUGGCGCGUGCGUUAGUGCCAUUGUAAGGGUGGUGGUAAAUUUUAUUGAUUUUACCGUCAGAACCAUUUUACCAACGUAACGGCUUCCCCCCCAAAUUCCCCGCUGGUAGGUGCUGGAAAAAUCCGUGCUCCCAGUAUGGUUUGUGAGAGUGUAUGCAUUUUCCGUCACGUUUUGUUUUAUACGCGCUAGAGCGGGAAACAAUGUGCCGAAACCCUGGCGCGAGCGUGAGAGCAACGUUCUGGUCUGGUUGUACCGUGCUAGGUGGAAGAUUUUCCGAGCAGCUUUCGGCUCUGGUCAGCCUCAGUCUCUGUGGUGAAGUUGUGCAGAAGCCGUCUGGAGAAAGUUGCCACCGAGCAUCGAUUAGUAGUCAGCAGAAAGGAAGCAAAAGCAAAAAAAAAAUAAUAUAAAUUCGGCCCACUCUAGGCAAGUUUGCGAGUUGCUAGGGUGUGUUGGAAUCUAUUUCCUAUCUAGUGGAGAAGUAACUACCGGUGCGUGCGUGUGAGAUUUGGUGUUGAAAAACUAGUGUAGAAGAAAGAGGGUUGCGUCGUAGGUGGUGGCGCAAAUAAUGUGCAGCCUCGGAGCCGCUAGCAGAAUGCGGCCCGUGGGCAUGGCCACAAUGGCCUCGAGAGGUGGUGGAGUCGAAGGCGGUGGAGUCACUAGAAACCGUCACAGUAGUGCAUCAGCCAAGCAAGUCAGUGUAUUCGUGUUAGCCAUAUAUCUAGUGUUAGUGUGUAGUGUUAACGUGGCCCUUGUGUCGGGCAAACAUCAUCAUCAUCACCAGGUGGGUGUUGGUGGUGGUGGUGCGGGCGGAAGUCAGGAGUUUAAAUUCGAUCCAACGAACAGCUUUAUAAGCUUAGUGUUGCCACACGACACAUAUCCCGGGUACAGUAUCCAGAAGUUUACUGCUAACUUCACCGGUCCAAAUUCACCAUUCUCGUCGAUCUCGUCCUACUCGUCGAAGCCGCUCAAUUACCGGCUGCUGGAGACGGACUACUCCAAGUACUUUACCGUGCUGGAGGAUGGGCUGGUGAUGACGACGGCCGAUCUGUCACCGUUGGUGAACCGGCCGGUAAAGCUGGUCGUGCUGGAGGAGACACCAAAUUCGACCGCCACCCAUCAGCUGCAGCUGUACGUGAUGAAUCGUAAGGACAUGCUGCACUUCCCAACCAUGCUGACCGAUGUCGUUGGUCAGUUGAGUGAGAAUAAAGAAGCCGGUACGCGAGUUCGGGACAUUCCGCUGCUGCAGGCGAACUCGGCACGCGGUGCUAAGACGGUCAUCUACAGCAUUGUCGGUGGUAAUGAUGGUGAUGCAUUUGCGCUAGAGGAUAGCAGCACCGGUACGAUCGGGCUAACGAUUCGCAUCGAUGAUCCGCGCAAGCACGGUGUUUGGUUGGUGUCGGCAAAGCCACUGGAUCGUGAGCAUCGGGAGCAGUACGCGAUCGCGAUCGAAGCAACGGACGCGAAGCGCAUCAACAAGGCGGAAAUUCAUCUACCGGUGCACAUUACCGAUGUUAACGACAACAGGCCCGUUUUCGGCAAACCCGACUACCGCUUCACGGUGACAGGCAUCAAGGCGACGACGCCAGCCGGCAAUGAAACGGUCACCUGGGAACGGUUCACCAGUGUUGGGCGUGUGGAAGCGAAGGAUGCCGACGGCGACAAGGUUGCAUACCGGUUAACGAACCCCAGCAAUACGGUCGUGAUCGUACCGCAAACCGGCGAACUACUGCUAGCCGGCGAACCGGACGUCCCGGAACUGUUCGUCGAUGUGGAAGCGCACGAUCUGCGCACACCGAGCCUGAAGAGCGAGAACCCAGCCCGCGUACUGGUCGAGUUCGUAGCGCCCGAUCCGUUGCCGGUGAUUGUGCAGCAUAUGGGUCACGAGUAUCAGCAUUCGCACCGGCGUGACAAGCGUCGUGUUACGCGGGCGGUACGUCCGACCAAGCGCAUUGAGUUUACCGAAGCGGACGGUGAUACCGAGGGCCGAAACGUGUUCCAGCUCGAGAAGGAAACGGAUCGCGAGACGUUCAAGAUACGUGACGAAAAUCCUUGGGUAACGGUCGAAACGAAUGGUGCGGUGCGCGUGAAGAAGAAGUGGGACUAUGAGGAGCUGGGACCGGAGAAAACCAUCGAUUUCUGGGUGAUCAUCACCAACCAGGGUCACAACGCUGGCCUAAAAUAUACCGACAAUCAGCGUGUGAUAAUUCACGUGAAGGACGUGAACGAUGAGCCGCCAUACUUUAUUAACCGUCCACUGCCAAUGCAGGCGGUAGUGCAGCUGAACGCCCCGCCAAACACACCCGUGUUCACGCUACAGGCACGCGAUCCGGACACCGAUCAUAACAUACAUUAUUUCAUCGUACGUGACCGUACGGGUGGUCGGUUCGAGGUGGACGAACGUUCCGGUGUGGUCCGAACACGCGGUACGGAUCUGUUCCAGCUGGACAUGGAGUACGUGCUGUACGUGAAGGCGGAAGAUCAGAACGGUAAGGUGGAUGACCGGCGGUUCCAGAGCACACCGGAAGAACGGUUAUCGAUUGUCGGUGGUAAACGUGCGCCGCAAUUCUACAUGCCAAGCUACGAAGCGGAAAUUCCCGAGAACCAGAAAAAGGACUCCGACAUCAUUUCCGUGAAGGCAAAAUCAUUCGCUGAUCGAGAAAUUCGGUACACGCUGAAAGCUCAGGGCCAGGGUGCUGGAACGUUCAACAUUGGACCUACGUCGGGUAUCGUCAAGCUGGCAAAGGAGCUUGAUUUUGAGGAUUUACGACAGCCGCACGUUUACUCGUUGGUCGUAACGGCUACGGAAGAUUCGGGUGGUUUCUCCACCUCAGUUGAGCUUACCAUCCGCGUAACGGACGUUAAUGAUAACGCACCAAAGUUUGAACUGCCUGACUAUCAGGCGCACAACGUCGAUGAAGACAUUCCGCUCGGGACGAGCAUCUUGAAGGUGAAAGCAAUGGACGCUGAUUCGGGUGCUAACGCGGAAAUCGAAUAUCUCGUGUCCGAUGAUCACUUUGCCGUUGAUUCGAAUGGUAUCAUCGUAAACAACAAGCAGUUGGACGCGGAUAACAACAAUGCGUACUACGAGUUUGUCGUAACGGCCAAGGAUAAGGGAGAACCGGCCAAGACUGGUACGGCUACGGUGCGUGUGUACACGAAAAACAAGAACGACGAAGAGCCCAAAUUCAGCCAGCAGGUGUACACUCCGAAUGUGGAUGAAAACGCCGGUCCGAAUACGCUCGUGACGACGGUCGUCGCCUCCGACAAAGAUGGCGACAAUGUGCGCUU